AUGGAAGCCGCCCUCAGCGCGCCAAAGCUUAGGGCCGCUCCCAUCCGCGCCGCCGCCUCCGGCCGCUCCCCUCUGCCGUCGCGAGUCGUCGCUUCCUCCGCCUCCACCCGUGCUCACCCUCUCCGCUCCCGCCCCAAGGUGCUGUCUGCUCUGUUUAUUUCACCUGUCCCCCUAUCUGCACCGUUUUCAGAGGAAAAGCUCUGCGCUGCCCACCUGGCCGGAUCCAACACCGUUCAGGCGCUGGCGCGGGACGAGAUGCUGGGUGCGGCGGAGCCGGCGCAGUGGGACGACGCCGCGGCCAGCCAGGGGGUCCGCAUCCGCCGGCACCGCCGCCCCACCGCCUCCAUGAAGGAGAUCGAGGAGGAGAUGGGGGCGCCGCGCAACAUCCUCGAGAAGAUCAUCUGGGACAAGGAGAUCGAAGUGGCUGAGGGGCUUGCCAGGAAUCCUCUAAAGGAGGUGAUUGAGUCUGCAGUGAAGGCUCCUCCUACAAGAGACUUCUAUGGUGCUUUGGCAGCAGCUUACAAGCGUAAUGGGGUACCAGCGUUGAUUGCUGAGGUCAAGAAGGCAUCACCAAGUAGGGGCGUGAUCAGGGAGAACUUUGAUCCUGUUGAAAUUGCUCAAGCUUAUGAAAAGCAUGGAGCUGCUUGCUUGAGCAUCUUGACUGAUGAGAAGUACUUUCAGGGAAGUUUUGAGAAUCUUCGGAAGGUGCGCAAAGCAGGAGUGAAGUGCCCCCUUCUAUGCAAAGAGUUUGUCAUUGAUGAAUGGCAGAUCUAUUAUGCCCGCUCGAUUGGUGCUGAUGCAGUUCUACUCAUUGCUGCUGUACUAACUGAUAUGGACUUGAAAUAUUUGCUCCGGAUAUGCAAGGAGUUGGGAUUGACAGCUCUUAUUGAGGUCCAUGAUGAAAAUGAGAUGGAGCGUGUCCUGAGGAUAGAUGAUGUUCAGCUUAUUGGCAUUAACAACCGCAGCCUUGAAACAUUUAUAGUGGAUACUUCGAACACGAAGACGUUGUUGGAGAAGCAUGGCAAUGCUAUCAGGGAGAAGGGAAUAUUGGUUGUUGGUGAAUCUGGGCUAUUCAACCCAGACGACGUUGCUUAUGUGCAGAAUGCUGGCGUCUCUGCUGUUUUGGUAGGAGAAUCCUUGGUGAAGCAAGAAGACCCUGGGCGAGCCAUCGCUGGGCUCUUUGGGAAGGAACUUUUGCAUUGAAGCAACUAGAUCGGGCUUGUUUUGGCUGUAGGCUAGAAUUUAGUAGCUGCCAGGCCACCCGCGUGAAGAAUAAUGCUCUCUUGAUUCCUUCCGGAUGUGCAAUAAACAUGUGAUUUUCUGAUGCGGGAAAUAAGCAUAUGAUCUAUUACUGUAGGUGUUCUAGGUACAAAGAAAGAUGAAGUUUGCCGUUUUACCUUGAAUGAAACAUCUCUUCAGAGUAAUAUGUAACUAUCUGCUGCUCCAAUCUUGCAAUGGAGCCACAACUUAACAUGUUUGUUUUUCA